AUGCCUCGAAAAUAUACUAGAACUACAACGCGGGCGACUUCGUACAAACAAGAAGUCCUUGAAAUUGCCAUUCAAAGAAUUAAAAUUAAGGAACUCUCCUACGCAGCCGCUUCACGAAUAUACGGUAUACCGACAUCCACGCUGAGUGAUAGAGUCUUGAAAAAAACAGCAACAAAAAGCAAGACCCUCGGCAGAUCAACCGCAAUCCCAAUAGAAUUGGAAAUCAAGCUUGCAAACUGUCUUCGUGUGAUGGAAAAAUGGGGUUGGGGCUUAUCCAGAAAAGAGGUACUCGAUGUAGCUCAGGAAUUCACCAUAAGCAAUAACUUAGAUAAUUCCUUCAAAAAUGGCAGACCCGGGCCUGAUUGGUUCAUUUCUUUUCGUCAGCGGCACAAUUUAUCAAUAAAAAAACCGCAAGCAGUCGAGUACCUUAGAAGAAAAAUGACUGAUCCAUUUGUCAUCCACGAAUAUUUUGCUCUUUUACAAAAGACUUUCCGUGACUUGAAUCUUACUGAUCCUAAGCGUAUAUGGAACUUAGAUGAAACGUCUGUUUGUCUCGACCCAACAAAAACAAAAGUUGUAGGUGCCAAAGGGAAGCCUUGUACACGAACGACGUAUGGAAAUGGAAAAGAAAACAUCACAGUCUUGACUACUGUGAAUGCGGCUGGGCAAAAGUUACACCCAUUGAUUAUAUUUAAAGGCAAACAUAUGUAUGAACAGUGGAUGGUGAAGAAUCCAGACAAAUAUAAUUUCAAACUUACAUACGCUGCCAGUCAUCGGGGCUGGAUGGAAACCAGCAUUUUUUAUAACUACAUGAUAAACGUAAUUAUUCCCAAUUUGGGUGAAGAAAGACCCAUAGUGUUGUUGUACGAUGGACAUGUCAGUCAUGUUGAUGAUAAAGUGGUAGCUUUAGCGUUGAAAACAAUAUUACUAUACUAA